GCAUAUAUUGAAUUCAAAUCACAAGCUGAUGCAGAGAGAGCCUGGGAAGACAAGCAGGGAACAGAGAUCGAUGGAAUUCCUAUAGUUCUAGACCAUAUUGGAGGAAAAAGCCAAGACCCAGAAAAUAGAAAUGGAAAGAAAAACCCCGGGAAAGGUGAGGAGUCCCAGUGCUCUGUUGAUGAAGCUUUAUCAGGGUAGCCAUGCGAGUUCCCAAGUGGGAAAACAAAAGACAGAACAAGAUAACCACACUUUUCAAGAAGAAUGGGAGAAAGCUUAUUUCUUUGUGGAGGUAAAGAAUGUCCCUACGUGUUUAAUAUGCAAACAAAGUCUCUCUGUGUCAAAAGAACAUAACCUAAGACACCAUUAUGAGACAAACCACAGCAAGAACCAUAAUGGAUAUACAGAAAAGAUGCGAGAUAAAAAACUUAACGAGCUGAAAGAAAGACUGAAAUUUCAACAUGAUUUCCUUUUGGAUAUGAAUAAACUAAAUGAUGUUGCUAUGAAAUGUAGUUACGUUUUAAGUGAGAAGAUUGCUCAGGCAUCAAAACCUUUUACAGAUGGGGAAUUUAUAAAAGAAUGUCUUUUGAGUAUAGCAGAAAUCAUGUGCCCUGAACACAGGCAGGUGUUUGCAAAUAUAAGACUAACCGAUGAUAUUGUUGCUCAGCAUGAUGACAAUAUGGCAGAGAACUUACAAGACAAGUUUCAAGGAAAAGCAAAAUCAUUCAUGGCUUUCUCUAUCGCAGUUCAUGAGAGCACUGAUGUAAACAACGCCCCCCAGUUAGCUGUAUUUAUCCGUGCUGUUGAUGAAACUUUUGAUGUGAUAGAAGAACUUUUGGACAUGAUAUGCAUGACGGGCACAGCCGCAGGAAAUGACUUAUUUUUAUGUGUUGAGGAAAGUCUUAAAAAAUUUAAUGUAGACUGGUCAAAAUUAGUAAGUGUUAGCACAGAUGGUAGUUCUGCAAUGGUUGGUGUUAAACAGUUCGUUACAAAACUUAAAUCUAAGGUGGCAGGGCUUUGCAAAGGCACAGAACUUAAGUCUGUACAUGGCCUCAUUCUCCAGGAAUCAUUUUCUGCUAAAAAGUUAAAAAUGGACCAUGUCAUGGAUGUCAUAAUUUACAUCACAACCUGGAUACGUUCCCAUGGCUUAAACCACAGAAAGUUCGGUCCUUUUUUCAGUGAGUUAGAUGCACAAUAUGGAAGCCAGUUUUACUACACGGAAGUUAAGUGGCUGAGUCGUGGUAUGGUGCUAAAGCAGUUUUUUGAACUACUGGAAGAAAUAGACUUUUUCAUGUCUUCUAAAGGAAAAUCUGUGCCUCAGCUUACUAACAAAGAUUGGGUCAAAGACCUAGCCUUUUUGGUUGAUAUUACAACCCAUCUCAACACAUUGAAUAUGUCUCUUCAAGGACGUUCACAAGUGGUUACACAAAUAUAUGAUUCAAUUCACUCAUUCCUAGCAAAAUUGUGUCUUUGGGAAACGCAAUUGACAAGGAACAAUCUGGCCCACUUCCCUACCCUGAAAUUAGUUUCUGAAAAUGAAAAUGAUGGCCUGAACUACAUUCCAAAAAUUAAAGAAUUGAAGACUGAAUUCCAAAAAAGGUGCUCUGAUUUCAAACUUUAUGAAAACGAACUAGUAUUGUUCAGUUCACCUUUCUCAAUUAAUAUUAAUCAUGUGAAUGAAGAACUGCAAAUGGAAGUUAUUGAAUUGCAGUGCAAUUCUAUACUGAAAACCAAAUACGACGAUGUUGGAAUCCCCGAAUUUUACAAAUAUCUUGGGAAUGGUUAUCCCAAAUAUAAAAACCAUUGUGCAAAGAUUCUGUCCAUGUUUGGAAGUACCCAUGUUUGUGAGCAGCUAUUUCCUGUUAUAAACUUAAAUAAAAAUAACUAUUUCUCCCAAUUAAAGGAUUCAGAGAUGAAUUCUCUGUUGCCCAUUGCUACCCAGGAUUCACAACCUGAUGUGGAUUGACAACUUGAGGCAUAAGAAAAGAAUGUCAGAUUUCAAAUCUGAGAAGUACUAAAGUAUGAAACACAAAACUUUGAAUGAUUAUUUCUACUUCCAAAUUAUAUUUUUUCAUUGUCAAUUGUAGAGUAUAAUCUCUGGCAUAUACAUUUAUUAC